CGGUCCCGGGGCCGGGCGGGGCUUGCGCUGCAUCGGGACCAGUCGGCAGCUCCUGCAUCCCGGGCGAGGAGCAUCCUCCGGGCGGGGGCCGGUACCGCGGCGCCUCCGCACCGGGUUCCGCAUUUCGGUUACUCCGGCUUAUCCCGGACCAUGGCGGAGAUCACCACCGUCCACCGCAGCUUCGAUGUCUCUCCAGUUGUGGCAGGCCUCAUUGGUGCUACUGUCCUUGUGGUUUCUGUCUCAGUAACAGUUUUUGUGUGGACAUGCUGUCACCAGCAAGCAGAAAAAAAGCACAAAACCCCACCAUAUAAGUUCAUUCACAUGUUGAAAGGCAUCAGUAUCUAUCCGGAGACCUUGAGUAACAAGAAGAAAAUUAACCGAAUCCGGAGAGACAAGAACGGCACUCCUAAGGAGACUGGAAGGGGAAACCUUUUGGUGGAUGCUGCUGAAUCUGGUUUAAUAGGGUCUGAUAAAGCUUCAGAUGGGCCAAAUGCAGCUCCCCGCAUUGAUCAGCUUCCAAUAAAAGUAGAUUAUGGAGAUGAACUAAGUCCAGAUCAAAGCCUCACUCCAGGAGGAAGUAAAACUUCCUCCCCAUCUUCUCCAGGGGAUGAUGUCAUGUUGGGAGAACUGACUUUCUCAGUGGACUACAACUUUCCCAAAAAAGCACUAGUAGUUACAAUUCAGGAGGCUCAUGGGCUACCAGUUAUGGAUGAACACACUCAGAGCUCCGACCCAUACAUCAAGAUGACAAUUCUUCCAGACAAAAGGCAUCGAGUGAAGACUCGUGUCCUUCGCAAGACGCUGGACCCAGUCUUUGAUGAAACCUUCACCUUCUAUGGGAUCCCCUACAGCCAGCUCCAGGAUUUGGUGCUUCACUUCCUGGUGUUGAGCUUUGAUCGCUUUUCUCGAGAUGAUGUGAUUGGAGAAGUCAUGGUGCCCCUUGUGGGAGUGGAUCCCAGCACUGGGAAGGUUCAGCUGACCAGGGAGAUUCUCAAAAGGAACAUCCAAAAAUGCAUUAGCAGAGGAGAGCUGCAAGUCUCACUGUCUUAUCAACCUGUGGCACAGCGAAUGACUGUUGUGGUGCUGAAAGCCAGACAUUUGCCAAAGAUGGAUAUCACUGGCCUCUCAGGUAAUCCCUAUGUUAAGGUGAACGUUUAUUACGGAAGAAAGCGUAUAGCAAAAAAGAAGACUCACGUGAAGAAGUGCACUUUGAAUCCUGUCUUCAAUGAAUCCUUCAUUUAUGACAUCCCUGUCGAUCUCCUUCCUGACAUCAGCAUUGAAUUUCUAGUUAUUGAUUUUGACCGUACCACAAAAAAUGAAGUGGUGGGACGGCUGAUUUUGGGAGCGCACAGCAUCAGCACAGCUGGUGUGGAACACUGGCGAGAGGUGUGUGAGAAUCCUAGAAAGCCAGUGGCCAAAUGGCACAGCCUGAGCGAAUACUAGCAGAGGUUGCGGCAGCAACAGCUGACUCAUAGAACAGACUUAAACUUUGUUUUAGCUGUAGAACUAAACUUUUGUGAGCAGCAGCAGCUGAUCGGUUCUCUAGUGAUGUGAUUUUGCAGGGCACUAAAAUUUUAAAGAGAAUUAAAUUAAAAAAAAAAAAAAAACAAACAUAUAUAACAGUGUAAUCACGCUAUUGCAUGCCUAAUACAAACUGAAAUUAAUAUAACUACCAAUAUCAAGUUGCAGAUUUUAAUACAAUUAUCUGUCACUAUGGAAGUUGUGUUUGUGCCGAACUGUCUUUGCUGGUAUUCACCAAAAUUGGCCUGUCUUUUGUAGGCUUCUCCCAAAGUAUUGAAUUCUGCUGUUUAACCUCUAGUUUCUUGUUAGUUUGCCUGCCCAUUGAUUCUUGCAGUUCUCUUCUUUACUGGUUUGGGAGUACCAACUGCAUUUCCAUAUAAAGGUGGUUUUGAAUUCUGCACUAAUGCAAAAGGAAAAUACAGGGGAAAAAUGGCACUUUCCUUCAGAGAAAAAAAAUAAUUAAUUUAUCAGGUAUUAAAAGAUUUACAUUGUGAUAUCCUUGCUAUGGAGCUGUAAGGCUUUUUAAACGUUAAAUCUGAAAUUUUAAACGUUAAAUCUGAAAUUCUACGUGAUUGGUAAGUUCUGUUGUAAUGGCAUAAUACUGAGAUCGGAAAAGAGCUUUGAAGUGAAAACUUCAACAAAAACUUCAACAAGCAUCUCUUAAAUUCAUACCUGAGUGAAUUUGCAUUACAUAUGACAGCUCUCAAAAAAAGAGUAAUAUAGGGCAAAGUCUGUCACUACAGAACAAACUCUUCAAGAAGUUAAUUUUCAGGAUUUCAAAGCAGCUUGAGUUAGCUCUUAAACUGUGAAUAUGACUUAGAAUAUGCUUACUGUCACCUUCUCUGAAAUGUAAAAAAAGUUACUUGAUAAAUAUGACCUGAAGCACUUCAGGCUAUUAACCCUGAAUAGUCAGUAAUUUUGAACAGAAGUUCAUAAAGUUCCAGAAAUAUGAGUGAAGUGUGGAAAGAGCUGCAUUAGAUCUCACUGUAAACACACCAGCCUGACUUUUUUUUUUAAACAUCAGAGUAAUAUCUUGUAAAGUGACUUGAUUUGGCUUCUUACUACAUUCAAGCCAGGAAAGGAUGAUGAUUGGCAGCAAAUAAUGAAUUGUAAACAUUGCUAGUAAGCUGAGUGUAAAUAUUCAUAACAAGCUGUAGAAAUUCAAAUUAUUUCUGAAGUCUCCAAUGGAAAUGUAAAGAAGAACUGAGCUUGCGAAGAGGCAUGUAGAAGACUGCAAAUUUUCAGUAGUCAUUUAGUUGCUUCCAGGCAGCCAAUCUGUUUUGUGCCCUGUGGAAUGUAAAUAAUGUACUAUAAUUAAAAAAAAAAAAAAAAAAAAAAAAAAAAAUCAUUUAACUCAUUUACAGGACUUGACUACUGAAUUUUAGAGCCCUGUUGGAAAAAUGAUCCUUUCCACCUUCUUACUUAUGAAAGUAGAAUAAUGGAGCAAGUCUUAGUUUUCUUUCCAACCGCAAUGUAAAGCAAAUGCUGCUGGGAUGGCUCUUCAUGCAAACAGUCAGCACUUUGUUAGUUGCCAAUACUUUGCAUCUCUUCCUUAGAAAUUAUUUUUGGAAAGCUGAAUUUUCUCACUCAUAACGAGUUACUCAUUUAAACUUCCUUCUAGACGGAGUGUCUUUUUAGCAACAGAAGUUGCAUUGAAGCUGAAGCUCUCUAUCUGUCAGUCUUGUAUGGCAGAUGGAAGCGUGAACUUUUGGUAGUGAUUAAUUGAUCUUGAUCAUGAGGAUUUCUGCCUGAGGUUAUAGUAGAUUUUUAUCUUUGUCUUAAAUGCUUUCUAGCUCAUGCUCUAUUGGUGGCUUACAGCCACAAACCACAAUUCUCCUUUGGAAACUGGUGUAGAUCUAUUUCACUCCUCGUUCUUGCACUAAGCAAUUGUGUUGCUGAAGUUUAGGAACUUGUCCUCGGAACUGUGCUUUCCAAUGCCGCUCCAAACACCUGAAUAGAACACACUAACAACAACAACAAAAAAAAGUUCCCUUUUUUCCUUCAGUGUGAAAAGCAUGCUUAAGCCUAGAUGAUCUCUGUAAGAUUAUUUUAGCUGAAAAUGAAAGAUGAACUUCUUUGUCAAGGAAACAUGCUCAGGGUAAAUAGACUUAGGCUAUCGGGCAGGUAGAAGUAGCUCUAACACUUCUGGAAUAAUAAGAAACUGAAGAUGUGCAGAUAUAUAUUUUUUAAAACGUAAAAUAGACAGUAAGUGACAGUGGACUCACUGUAAAGUCUCCCAGAUGUGGUUAUUCUUUACCUUGUGUCUUCUAUUGUAAAAUUAACUUGGACGGUUACAACUUUGUGUGAAAAAAAAAAAAGAAAAAAAGGCAAAAAACCUAACUCAACAUGUGUGAAACUGCAUAAUGCUAUAUGCUACUUGACAUUAUGUAAUGCUAUCUUGUAUGUUGAAUUUGUUAACGCACAUUGAGCGUAAAAAUAAAAAUUAAAUCACUUUA